CGCGUGUGGAGACCAAAAGUCAAAAUGGCCCCGCCGCCAGACCAGACGAGGCUCAACUCGCAGCCUAGACUAGAUUGACACUGAGACUGAGCAUGGACAUCGGAGCGAGUCCAACAGUCUUCUUGCAUACCAUACCGGAAAGUAUCGUGGACCUCUCCUCUCGUACAUCUGAGCUGAGCUGAGCUGAGCUGGAUUGACGUUACUACAGGAAGCUCGUACUCGUACAAGGCGGUACGGACUAGGGUAUACAGUCAGCCAACGCCAGCUGUAUCUGGACUGCCAGAGGGCAGAGCCGACUGCCAUGCUCCCUCUUCCACAGAUGCAGGCGCAGGUGCACGGGCAGGCUCGGUUACGGACAAGAACAAGGACAAGGAUACAAACAGCCCUACGGCCCAGCAGCAGCAGCAGCAGCAGCAUACAGCGAGCUGCCUCGUACCCUCUCCAUCCACGCUCCCCCUCCUCUCUUCUCCCCACUUCCUAUAUGCUCCUCCCCUUCCUCCUCCUCAUCAGCUUCGUCUCUAGCGCUCAGGCGAUCUGGUUCUUUCCACAGAAGCGCUUUCAGUACCAAGGACUAAUUGAUGCUGGCGAUUUGGGACUGAACGGAGCAGUUGCGGGAGCGGGGAAGGGGGGAGAUACGGGUACGGGUACCGCGGGUGGAGUGAUUGCUUGGGGUGAUUGGGAUGGAGAUCAAUUUCUGGACGCAUUCACCCUUUCGGCGGAUCAUAGACAGCUGGAGAUGAGGUUGUGGGAUCAUGCCAACUUCAAGUUCUCUAGCACACCUCUCUUCACUAUCAUUCCCUCGACCGGAAACCCAAUCGUGAAUGUAGCGCCAGCAGAUUACGAUCACGACGGCCGGCUGGACGUGCUGGUCAUGACGCAAGGAUCGUCUGCGAGCUCGCCGAUAGAGAUGGAGGUAUGGAUGGGGCGAGGCAGGACAGGCUUGGUAGGACAACCCAUCAAGCUACCUUCAGCAUCCGGUGCUCAGCCUAUGCUGGCGGAUGGGACGGGGGAUAUGAAAAUGGACCUCCUAGGGCAGUCAUCGCAGUCAGGUAAUUCUGGAAUAUUGGAGAUGUGGGAGAACGUGUUUGGGUCAAGGAACUCGACGCAGGCCUUUACAUUAUCUUCAGCGCCACUCGAGACAGGCUCAGAGCCUCCUUGUCAGCUAGCCACGCCUCACAGCUCGGCCUUCAUCGACCUGAAUGGUGACUGCCUCGCCGACCUUUUCCUCGUCUGCGCACCAGCCUCAGGGAGCUCACACCAGCGCUACCAGAUCUGGACGGCCAAGCGGCCUGCAGCUGCCGACUCCCAAGCAGGUGGCUCUUCCAAAUACUCGAGCUUCACAUUCGCUCGAUCUGGCCUUCUGCCUCGAGGCGCUGGCCCUCUGUCCUUUGCAGACAUGAACAGAGACGGGACCAUCGACAUUGUCUUUGCCUCUUGCCCGCCCUCUGAGCAGGACUGCUACAUCAACAUCGUCUACAACAAGCAAGUGGGGCUCUGCGAGAAGCAGCUCUCUGCUGCUGGCACGAGUGGACGCAGCAGCAGCGAUCCUUUCAAGGCGUGGAAAGAUUGGUGGUACGGAACUGGUGCCACACCGGGCCAGGCAGGCACAGCGGCGGGUACGGAUAGAUGUAGACGGACAGAGGAUCUUUGCGUUGCGGAUGAUGAGUUUGCAUUUGAAUUCGAGGGGUCGGCCGCGAAUGGCUCAGGCGUGCGGAUACCCUUCGCCUCUCUUCUACCCGGACACAAGCCCCUGCUAGAGGAUCGUCUGACCUCCCUGGCCCAUCCACUUCCAGUGCCCCUAGUGAUAGGCGACUACAACAAGGAUGGCUACCCGGACAUCCUCCUCCUCUCCAUCCCGCCAAAGACAAGGUCAGACGGCACGGGCAAGACUAGUGUACACAUCUUGUCAAAUUCGCGGUGUAGCCUGCUCACCGAUGCCUCUGCCAAGUCCGAGUGCAACAAGGCCACCACGCCAGAGGAGGAAGGUCGCUGGUUGAGCGUAGUGCAAGGAGGUGCUGAGCCCCUGACCCACAUCGACGAUGUCCGUGCCGCCUCAUGGGUGGACAUCGACGAUGACGGUACGCUCGACAUCCUCCUCCUACGAGGCACCACCGUCGCAAAGGACACGCGUCGUGUGACAUUUAUCCAGAACAAUUACUUCUACGACGCCUUUUUCCUCAAGUCCCUCUGCCUCAAUGGAGCUUGCUCCUCUGCUAUAUGUAAAAGCAUCGAAGCAGGACCAGAAGGUCUCGAGCCAGUAGAGACGAGGUAUAAACCUUGGGGUGCCUCCCUCCCUGGUGCCUCGUACAAGUUCACCGUGCUAGACCCUAAUGGACUGCGACGCGCCCAACAAGUAGGACAGCAGCCUCAAAGUUCCUAUCGUUCUCUCCUCACUCCUUAUUCCUACUUUGGUCUUGGGCGAACCAAUAAUUACGUCGAGAAGCUCUUUGUGGGCAGCACACUCAGUGGAGGUAGUCAGGCGCUCACCAGGGAUGCAGAGUACUUUCUAGCAAUGGAAGGGCUCAUACCGAAUUCACAACUGGUCAUCGCACCCCUCCUCACAUCGGACGAUGACGACGACGACGACAACGAUGACUCGAAUGGCAACGGCGGGGGCGACAAUGGGAGCGGAGGCAGCGGUGGGUCCAGUGGUGCCCGACCAGCAGCGGGGAGCAUGACGCUCAGCUGGCACCGUGAGCUCUAUCUGCAGCCGGGCGAUUGGAUCCCCUGGGUGACCCUCACCCUCGUUACCCUCUGUCUGGGUCUGUGUGGAUUCGUCUUUGCUAUGCAUUUGGCUGAAAAGAGGGAGGAUGAGAGGGAGAGGAAGAAGGGUGUGCAUGCGAUUAAUUUUGAUGCACUUGGGUGAGAGAGAGG